AUGGAAGAACAGUCAAAGGAAGAAGAACUCCUCCAACUGCGUUUGGAGUAUUUGAAGCUACGGCGGAAAUUAUCUUUGUUGGAAGGAAACACCCUGCACGAAGAUCCGUCAGGUGUGAAAACCAGUACUGCCACAACUUCGCCACCGUUUUCGGGAAAUAUAACGUCACAAGCAAAUGAAAGUGACAUCUCCAAGCUGGCUUCUGUGAUCAUAGCAGCAACCAAGAAUACAAUGUGCAAUCAUAGUCUUGAUCUCCCGAAAUACAACGGAUCACAUAGUGAGUGGCUUGCGUUUCAAGCGGCAUAUAUGCAAACAGCACGACACAUGACGGAUGUAGAAAAUAUGGCCCGCCUCCGAAGAUGCCUAGUAGGAAAGGCGAAAGAAGCUGUAAAAAACUUACUUAUAUACCAAAGUGACCCUCUAAAGAUUAUGAAAUCAUUAGAGUCUCGUUUCGGCCGACCCGACGCAAUCGCAAUUACUGAAUUGGAAACGUUAAAAAAAUUGCCAAAACCAGGCAUCGCGCCACGAGAUCUCUGCAUUUUUACAACUACAUUUUGCAAUAUAGUAUGUAGUCUGGAAGCUUUAGGAAAAAUAUAUUAUUUGUACAACCCAGAAAUUACCAGAUCUACAGUAGAGAAGUUAUCGCCGACACUGCAACAUCGAUUCUUCGCGUAUGCAGCGCAACAACCAAAACAAGAAGCAGAUCUUCUAAAGUUGAAGCGAUUUUUAUGCAUAGAGGCAGAAAACUGUGCACCCUUCGCUCGUCCCGAAUCCAAUUUUGUGUCUGAGAAACCGCAAAUAAAGUUUCAACGAGCCUACGAGACUGAAAUGAAAGAAAAACCUCAAGCGAAGUUGCAACAAGGCUACGUAACCAAAGACCUAAAAGUGUGUGACAAAUGUGUUAUUUGUGACGAAAACCAUAAUACUGUGAAUAACGAAAAGGCGCAAGAUCUUCUCGAACAGCAGACGCAUCAAGAAGUAGAUGGGAUUUUCGAAACGACAAUGAAAAAUCACAGCCCUCCUGAAACUUACAACAUCGCUCACAAAAGUAAGCAAGCGGUUGGAAUACAGUUAGAUCGUAUUUCAGAACUCGAAACGAGAUACGAACAAGAAAUAAAAAUAAACACUGAUACCAAUAAGAAUCUUGUUGAAGAUGUCGCAAUUAGUAACGUAAAUAACAUCGCAAUCGUGGAACAAGCUACACCUCUAAAAGUUCGCACAGGUCACGCCGAUACGUCGACAACUUAUAAAAGCGUCUCUAUAAACGAUGAUCAAGUGAAGCGUCCCAAUUUGCAACUGAAGCCAAUAGUCAAGAGUCCAAUAAGAAGGCAAUUAAAUAGCAUGGUUAUUAAACGUCACACACAAGAGUCAAUCGGGAAAAUUAUAAUACGCACUAAAGGAAUAAACGUGUUUGGACAACGUGCAAAGGGGAAAAACAGAGUUUAUAUGAUCGUAAAGAGGAAAAGACUGAAGCUAUUAAAAUGUCUUUCUAGCAAACAUCGUUCCAAUUGGAAACGAGAAGAAAUGGUCCGUAAGUGGAAAGCGUACUCGAGCAAGGAAAGGAUCCAGCAAAACUCUCGUGUGCAGGUACAGUACCGGCGGGAGCCCCACGACACGGGAAAAGUAAAGAUAGGUUUUGUGGACUUUACAAGCGACAAUUGCCUUCCUUACAAGAAGUGGACAUAUGACAUAGUCGCUGACACAAUCCUAAGUCAAGAGGGUGAUAUUAAAGUAGCGGAUCCAAUAACUGAGAGCAUCCCAGAACGGCCGGCUAGAAAACCAAUUAUUUUACCAACUAACGGAGCCAUCCUUCACCAUGGAGACGAUGCGUCGUCGGUCAAAGACAACCGAGCGACGCACGGCGGGAGAAUGUUCCGGACAGCUCGCGUUAGGUUUAAAGCAUAG